AUGAAACUCACCGCUCCUCUCCUCACCACCAUGGCCAUGGCCACGACCGUCCUCGCACUGCCGGAUAGCGACGCACGCGGAACCAGCGCCGACAUCACCCUCGCCCCCAAGCCUGUUCAUAGCAAAGCCAGCUUCGAGACGGUCAUCAUCAACUCUAGUAUCAAGAUCGUCGCGACCCCAGCCGCGACGCCGGUUGCGACGCCGGCUGCGACGCCCGGUGCCGCUGCAAGUGCGGCGGCGGAUGCGGCCGAGAAGCAAGUUGAAGCGAAUAUUCUGAGUUCGGUGAGUCGCUUUCCUGGAGUGUGA